AGAUCUCGGGGAACACGGAGGACAUCCCCCUGGUGCGCUGGAGGCAGCAAUGGCUGGAGAACGGGACACUGCUCUUCCACAUCCAUCACCAAGACGGAGCCCCGAGCCUUCCCGGCCAGGACCCCACGGAAGAGCCCCAGCACGAGUCUGCGGAGGAGGAGCUGCGCAUUCUGCACAUCUCCGUCAUGGGCGGCAUGAUCGCUCUGCUGCUGUCCAUCCUGUGCCUGGUGAUGAUUCUGUACACCCGCCGUCGCUGGUGCAAGCGCCGCCGGGUCCAGCCCCAGAAGAGCGCCAGCGCCGAGGCCGCCAACGAGAUCCACUACAUCCCGUCCGUGCUGAUCGGCGGGCAUGGCCGCGAAAGCCUGCGCAAUGCCCGCGUGCAGGGCCACAACUCCAGUGGCACGCUGAGCAUCCGGGAGACGCCCAUCCUGGACGGGUACGAGUAUGACAUCACCGACCUGCGCCACCACCUGCAGCGGGAGUGUAUGAACGGAGGGGAGGACUUCGCCAGUCAGGUCACACGCACCCUCGACUCCCUGCAGGGCUGCAACGAGAAGACGAGCAUGGACUUGACUCCAGGAAGCGACAACGCCAAGCUGUCACUGAUGAACAAGUAUAAAGAUAAUAUCAUCGCCACCAGCCCCGUGGACUCCAGCCACCAGCAGGCCACACUCCUGUCCCAUACCUCCACCACCCAAAGAAAGCGAAUCAACAAUAAAGCGAGAGCCGGUUCUGCCUUCCUGAACCCCGAAGGGGAUUCUGGCACCGAGGCAGAGAACGACCCGCAGCUGACCUUUUACACCGACCCCUCUCGGAGCCGAAGGCGCAGUCGAGUGGGCUCCCCCCGUAGCCCCGUGAACAAGACCACCUUGACGCUCAUCAGCAUCACCAGCUGCGUCAUUGGCCUGGUAUGCGCCUCCCACGUCAGCUGUCCGCUCGUGGUGAAAAUCACGCUGCACGUCCCUGAACACCUGAUCGCCGACGGCAGCCGCUUCAUCCUGCUGGAGGGGAGCCAACUGGACGCCAGCGACUGGCUGAACCCUGCGCAGGUGGUGCUGUUCUCUCAGCAGAACUCCAGCGGGCCCUGGGCCAUGGACCUGUGUGCUCGGCGCCUCCUGGACCCCUGUGAACACCAGUGUGACCCUGAAACCGGCGAGUGUCUGUGUUACGAAGGUUACAUGAAGGACCCAGUCCACAAGCAUCUCUGCAUUCGGAACGAAUGGGGCGCCAACCAGGGGCCUUGGCCCUACACGAUAUUUCAGCGCGGGUUUGACCUGGUAUUGGGAGAACAACCUUCCGAUAAAAUAUUCAGGUUCACUUACACGCUGGGCGAGGGCAUGUGGCUGCCCCUCAGCAAGAGCUUCGUGAUCCCCCCCGCGGAACUGGCCAUCAACCCCUCGGCCAAGUGCAAGACGGACAUGACCGUGAUGGAGGACUCGGUGGAGGUCCGGGAGGAGCUGAUGGCCUCGUCGUCCUUCGACAGCCUGGAGGUGCUGCUCGACUCCUUUGGGCCCGUGCGCGACUGCAGCAAGGAGAACGGGGGCUGCAGGAAGAACUUCCGCUGCAUCUCCGACCGCAAGCUCGACUCCACGGGCUGCGUGUGCCCCUCUGGACUCAGCCCCAUGAAGGACAGCUCAGGCUGCUAUGACCGUCACAUCGGGGUGGACUGUUCCGACGGCUUCAACGGUGGCUGCGAGCAACUCUGUCUCCAGCAGACGGCGCCCUUCCAGGACGACCCCGCCCUGUACAACAUCCUCAUGUUCUGCGGGUGCAUCGAGGAUUACAAACUGGCCGUGGAUGGGCGCUCCUGCCAGCUCAUCACGGAGGCCUGCCCGGAAGGGGGUGACUGUGGCGAGGGCCGGGAGCUCCCCAUGAACCAGACCCUCUUUGGGGAGAUGUUCUUUGGUUACAACAACCAUUCCAGAGAGGUGGCGGCUGGACAGGUGCUCAGAGGAACGUUCAGGCAGAACAACUUUGCUCGAGGGUUAGACCAGCAGCUGCCUGACGGCCUCGUAGUAGCCACAGUUCCCCUGGAGAACCAGUGUCUGGAGGAGAUCUCCGAGCCCACACCGGACCCCGACUUCCUCACAGGGAUGGUGAACUUCAGCGAGGUGUCGGGGUACCCCGUCCUACAGCACUGGAAGGUCCGGUCCUUGAUGUAUCACAUCAAACUCAACCAGGUGGCCGUGUCUCAGGCUCUGAGCAACGCCCUCCACUCCCUGGAUGGUGCCACCUCGCGGGCGGAUUUCGUGGCCCUCCUGGACCACUUUGGCAACCACUACAUCCAGGAAGCCGUCUACGGCUUCGAGGAGUCCUGUUCGAUCUGGUACCCCAACAAGCAGGUGCAGCGGCGGCUCUGGCUGGAAUAUGAAGACAUCAGCAAAGGUACUGUGGUGGGCGCAGGAGAAAUACCUGGGGGAGGG